AUGGAAGAAGCGGACAAGUGGAAAAUUGAGAAAUUCGCAGGCCAGAAUUUUGGACUUUGGAAGGUGCAGAUGGAGUCACUGCUGAUUAAGCAGGAUCUUGCAUUAGCGUUGGAAGGAAAGGCCAAAGGACAAGGCACUCUAUCUGACCCAGAAUGGGAAAAAAUGGACAAAAAGGCAAGAGCCACGAUCUUUCUUUCAUUGUCCAGCAAUGUGUUGUUUUUUAUAGAGCCCGAUUUUCCCGGUUUUGAAGAGGCUAGGAAAGGUUGCUGUGGAACAGGUCUUUUGGAGACAGCUAUAAUGUGCAACCCUAUCAUAUUAACUUGUGCUGAUCCAUCCAAAUAUGUGUUCUGGGAUAGUUUUCAUCCAACAACUGAAUGUUACCAAAUACUUGCGAACGCCACGUUCCAGCAGAUUAGGGAUAGUAUACUGUCGGCAACCUCAUGA